ACUUAAGGGGAAAAUAUGGAGGGAUCACAAAAUGGACACAGUGAAGAGGGUCACAUGAAAUCAAUUCUGAAGCCGAGGUCCAAACCGUCGACACAUCUUCUGAAGGGGAAAGGGUCCAACGUAGCAGCAGCAGCAGGAGGGGGCGUGAUGAGGGACACAACGGAUGGCAAGAAAAGAAGGGUGGAAAUAACUACGCCACCGCAUUCCUCGACCUCCCUGAAAAGGUCAGGAAGAGCGGGUUACAAGCAUACUCCACUCCCUCGUGUCGCAUUGCUACCCCCUAAAUCUGCGAACCUUGAGAAACUUCGUCCAAAACCAAAAACAUUCCUCAGUCAUAGAGCAUCAUCCUUAAAAAGAAGUAACAGCACCACGACCUCGCCACGCCCACCUGCUGUAAAAGCUUCAGCAUCCAUGUCAAAGCUCAAAUCAAAUCCAGUAAGUAGCAGCUUAACGGGGAAAAAGCACGGUCCAAAUUUUUCAAAGAGAAGCAAAUCUACGAAAAAGAUGAAAAAGAAGAGCAAAUCCACCUCAGAUUUAAGGUCAACCACGGUUCCUCCAGUGGGAGAAAAUGGGGGGAAAGAGUACAUUAAGCAACUGGUAACCAUUAAUGAGCUUCUCAAAUCAGUAACGGAUCCGACUACUCAGGAAAGUCAAGGGGCUCCAUUGAUAGGGGGGUUUGUUCGUCCGUUCUCUGCUGAUGAAUUGCACCAGUUGUUAACUAGCGUGGGCAAGGUGGCUACAAUUCAUCAAGACCCAGCCUCGUUAACCCCACAGAUUGAACCACAAGAGGAUGAAUCGAAGAAAUCAAAAACUAAUGAAAUCAUCAUUUCGGAAAAUGUGCAAGCAAAUGAAAAUGUAACAAAUAAUCCAACUAAUCCUGACGAUUCUCCCCCUGCAGCCAUUAAAGUGAAAAAGAAAAAAAGAAUAUCACGACGCAAAUCUAACAAGGUUCAAAAGACCAAGUCGACUUCAUCCACAAAUUCCAAAAAUGCCAAGGAUCAAGACCUGCCUCCAAAAUCAAUUCCAGCUCAGGGAUCAGCCAACAAAAAUCUUGCAUCCAAGAAGACACUUAAAUCUAACGUGAAAACUUUGAAAUCCAAAUCUAAGAAAAAUUUAGGCGAUCCUCGUAAACGGCAGUCGCUUGAAGACUUGGAAAGCGAGUUAUCCGAGCUGGAUUUGGUUAAAUCUGCAAUUCUAAACAGAAAGUACUAUGAAGAAAGUUUGGCCUUAGAACACAUGAAUUCUAAAGAUGAUGAGCAGACAGCUAAUAAGAAAAGCUCUGAAAGUCAGAAGGUGUCAGCCAACAAGAAAAAGUUGAAAGAUUUAAGGCGUCUUCAGGCUGCUCAUAACUCUGCCCACGAGUUGAUUAGUCCAGUCCUAUCUCGAUCCUCAAGUCCAAAUAAAGGUCACAAAAUAGAUUUCAUUGAAGCAGAUACAACCUCAAAACCUGGAGCUGUCACUGCCGGUACUCCUGAUCGCUCUGCUGGACCACUUCCACUCCGCCCAUUGAAACCCACGGAUACUGACGAUGGAUAUAGUAAAGCCAUCGGAAAUGUCUUAAUAAAUUACAGCCAUGUGAUUCGUCCAUCAACUCGGAGAGGAAUUUUGGAACACGUCAGUUCGAAAACAAAACUAGAGAAUCGAGGAGUUGCUGAGUUGGAGCGUAUGUUGGAAUCAGAUAAUGAUACUCCGGAAUUUGAAAAACACAUAAAAAGCAUAAAGUACGGUGGCCCCAUUGCACGCAACAUGCUGGAUAUUGGUCAUGUACAUGUUUCAGAUGAGCCACCAUCUCAGGGAAAGUAUACAAAAAGUAACAUCACCAAACUUUCAGCCGAAGAAAAUUUGCCGACAUCCAUUUUGGAUAAAAAUGGGCAGCGCUCGUCAGAAACUGGUUUAGACGAACAACGAGUUACAAGGUCAAGACGAAGUCACAGAAGGAACAGAAAGUCCAGAAGUCCAAGCAGUCAAGAACCCCACAAGUCUCCAAUGACAGCUCCAGUGAUUGGAUAUCACGGUCCACUCGGAACUUUGGAAAAGAAAAUGCACACUGUAACCAGAGGUGGUCUUCUAACUCACUCAGCCCCACAGCCUGUGAAAUUGGCUGCUGAUUCGACCAUAUUCAACUUGGUGAAACCCCACCCUUCUCGAUGGAAUGAGCAAAGUAUAGCUCCCAGCCUCUUUGUGGGACUUCCAGACACGGGCGCAUCUCGCUGGACCAUUUUGAAUGAGAGGAUUUUGGAGAAGAAUAAAGAACUAACAGGUGUGAAGAAUGAAUCUCGACGAAAAGGCACUCGUCAGCCCUACACAAAGGGUGGCAACAUAAAUGCAAGAUUUAACAUGGACGUUGGAGAAGAGCGAAGAAAUUUUCUCCAGAAUUUGGAUAAAGCAAAGAAGGCAUUUGACACUUUUGGCGUGCAUAACAGUGUAAUGGACAGAAAACCAUACUGGAAACCUGGGAAAGCGCAGUAUGCCAACAUUGCCAACGCUUUUGGAUUUGAUACUGUGAGGAAUGGCCGGACAAAAUAACUCGAUUAUGAUGAACCAAAG